AUGGUGGAUCUGAAAGAUGGUCCACCAGAAACCAGACUGCGUUUGGCCAAGAUUAUUAGGGAUUGUAGGAUUUGUCAUCUGAGCUUGGAUGCAGCCGAUCAGGACUCUGGUUUACCCAUUGAAUUGGGUUGUUCUUGUAAAGGUGAUUUAGCUGCUGCCCACAAUCAAUGUGCUGAGGCUUGGUUCAAGAUUAAGGGCAACAAAACUUGCGAGAUAUGUGGAUCAAUUGCACGAAAUGUUUCUGGUGUGAACGAGGCUGAGUUGAUAGAGCAGUGGAAUGAAGCAAAUGAUACAGCAGCCACAGCUAUGACAUCAUCAUCCCCAGCGGUGUCUCGGAACUUUUGGCAGGGUCGCCGAUUUUUGAACUUCUUGUUAGCAUGUAUGGUAUUUGCAUUUGUCAUCUCUUGGCUUUUUCACUUCAAUGUUCGCUCAUGA